AUGGACAAUGAAGGAAGAUCUUGCGUUUAUGGACUGAGGCACCAAACAAGGUGCCUUACAGCAGUUAUUGCUGAAACAGAACAAAAUAAAUUUCUAGUGGGAUCUCAAACUCUUAAACGGGAUAAUGAGAUUCACCUAAUUAACUUUCACGAAGACGAGUUCGAAAUAACCAGUACUGUUUAUCAGCAUUUGGAAGAAGUAUGGGAUAUUGCAGCAUGUCCUGCAAAAAUUGAUUCGAUGUCGUCUCAUAUGAGAGCUAAAUUAUGGCGAAUGAACAAUUCAGAUACAAUUUCGGAAGAUUUUGAAAAAGGAUCUCGUCCUCCCAGAAGUGCAGCGCAUCUGCCAUUGGAAAAUAUUUUUGAAAUUAAAGAGGAUGAUACUAUUAAAAAAGUCUUGUGGGAUCCCAAGAAAGAUCUGACAAAAUUCGUAUCUAUUCAUGAUUCUUCAUUACGCAUUUGGGCAUUUGACGAACAGAUGACGUCAGCCGAGACCUCUCAUACAAUUGAUUUCUCUUCAACAAAUGAGUCUCUACCUCCAUUAACAACUGGGGUAUGGAAUCCAAAUCAGCCCGAAGUUGCUAUAGGGAAGGAAUGUUCUGUGCAAGGUUUGGACCUUCGAUCACAAAGUCAAACGUUUGACAUCAACGGAGCACACUCUAUACUUGUUCGUGCGUUAGAUUACAACCCGAAUAAGCCAUAUCAAAUUGCAUCAGCUGGUGAUGAUUGUAAGAUCAGAUUCUGGGAUCUUAGAAAUACUACCCAGUGUAUUAAACAAAUUUCUGACCAUACGCAUUGGGUGUGGGCUAUAGCUUAUAAUCGGUUUCAUGAUCAGCUUUUUUUAAGUUCAAGCUCUGAUUGUCAAGUAAACCUUCACAGUAUUGUCUCCAUCUCUUCUGGCGCGUUUCAAUAUGAUGAACGCGAAAAUGAUGAUGAAUCAGAAUAUGAAUAUCAAGAUAGAUUAGGAAAACCAACUGAUGGUCUAGUAAGAGCCUACGAUCAACAUGAAGACAGCGUUUAUGCAGUUGCUUGGAGUGCUUGUGAUCCAUGGGUAUUUUGCUCAUUGUCUUAUGACGGAAGGGCAGUUAUCAAUAGAACGGCCAUUAGUGCCGUUAUCAGAAAAAAACUUCAAGGAUAUGUAGGAUUUGCCAAUCUUCCAAACCAAGUUCAUAGAAAAUCCGUGAAAAAAGGAUUCCAUUUCACGGUGAUGAUAGUUGGUGAAUCCGGUCUAGGAAAAUCAACCCUCGUCAAUACUUUGUUCGGCACUACGCUCUACCCUAAUAAAGGUGAAACGGAACCAUCAGAUGAAACACCAAAGACUGUAGAAAUCCAAUCUCUGAGUGCAGACAUUGAAGAAAAUGGUGUUAAAUUAAGACUCACAGUCGUUGAUACUCCUGGAUUUGGUGAUUUUGUUAACAAUGAGGAAAGUUGGAAACCAAUUCUUGAAAAUAUUGAGGCUCGUUUCGAUGCAUAUCUUGAACAAGAAAACCGUGUAAAUCGUCGUAAGAUGGUUGAUAAUCGCGUUCAUGCUUGUAUUUACUUCAUUGCACCUACCGGUCAUUCGCUCAAACCUUUGGAUGUCGAAUUCAUGCGACGGCUGCAUACCAAAGUCAAUCUUAUUCCAGUUAUUGCAAAGUCUGAUACGUUGACUGAAGAUGAAAUUAAACAAUUUAAACAACGUAUUCUAGACGAUAUUGCUUAUCAUAAGAUUCAAAUUUAUCAAGCACCACAAUAUGAAUAUGAUGAUCAUGAAACUGUAGCCGAAAACCGUGAAAUAAUAAGCAAGAUUCCAUUUGCUAUUGUCGGUAGUGACAAAGAAGUCGAACUUUCCGAUGGCCGUCGCGUGCGUGGACGUAAAUACCCAUGGGGUGUCAUUGAAGUCGAUAAUGAAGAGCAUAAUGACUUUGUAAAACUUCGACAAAUGCUCAUUCGGUUAGUUUUAUAUUACUAUAAUUUACCAGUAAUUUAA